GCGUUGCCGGGGUUGAUUCCGGAGGCUAGCAACUGUUGCCUUGAGGACGAGCGCCAUAGCCACCGUAGUCCUGGCGACUGUUACCCCGUCAAACAACAACUUACGCCACAAAGUGGACAAGGUGGAGAGUUCCAUUUAACACCACCACCUGCAGAGGUUGGUAUGGCAACACAGGCCUACGUUACAGAACUCCCACCAGUUCAACAACAGCAGCAGCAGCAGCAACAACAGCCACAGCAGCAACAACAACCAAACCAGCAACAGUAUGUUACAGACUUGCAGACCGUUGCUGGUGCACAACCAUCACAGCAGCAACAACAGCAGCAGCCGCAACCAACACCAUCCCAAAAACAGUAUGUCACUGAGCUACAGGUAUCACAACAACCGCAGCAGCCUUCUGCUCAGAUCUCACCAGUAACUACACCACAGCAGUACAUUGUGGUUACAGUGUCAGAAGCAAAUAUGCGGCCAACGGAAACAGGCUCAGAUUCCAGCCCUUCCUCAGCUGGAGCGCAAUCUGGAGUGCCAACGCAAGUGGUUCAGCAAGUUCAGGCAUCGCAACAGAGGCUUCUAGUACAGAAUGAUGUGCAAUCGAAAGUGGACCAGUUCCCGCAGCUCCAGCUGCCGGGAGUCCAGCAGGUAGCAGUAAUGCAUCAGAGAUCUGUUGUACAAACAACACCACAGGCUGCAAAAACCAGCCAGGUUCAACAGUUAUCAGUACAAGCGUUACAGCAAGUUCAUGUUUCUCAGGAGGUUCAGCAGUUACAACAGGUCCCAGUGCAGCCUGUUCAACAUGUCUACUCGAACCAGGUGCAGUAUGUAGAAGGGGGUGAUGCCAGCUAUACAGGAAGCACAAUACGUUCAAACAACUACCCUUAUUCUGAAACUCAGCUGUACAACCAGAACACAGGCGGGAGUUACUAUGAAUCUCAGGGGACGCCAAACCAGGUUGCCACGCCGGUGACUUCGCAGAACGUGGUCAGUAGUGGAACGGUGCCAAUGUAUGUGACGGGAGGGCAGAUUGUGGCCAACCCAGGAGGAGGGACCUAUGUCAUCCAGGGAGGUUACAUGCUGGGGAGCUCCAGUCAGUCUUACAGUCACACCAUGCGUGCCUCUCCAGCCACAGUUCAGUGGUUAUUGGAUAACUAUGAAACUGCAGAAGGAGUUAGCUUGCCCCGAAGCACUUUGUACUGUCAUUACCUGCUACACUGUCAGGAGCAAAAACUAGAGCCAGUAAAUGCUGCCUCAUUUGGCAAACUGAUACGAUCAGUAUUUAUGGGACUCCGGACUCGGAGACUUGGCACAAGAGUGUGGGAUGAAACCGAAGACCUUGGAGAAAACCACAAGGUCACACGGGGAAACUCGAAGUAUCAUUACUAUGGGCUUCGGAUUAAAGCAAACUCACCACUAAUUCGACUGAUCGAGGAUCAGCAACACUUGGCCAUAAGACAACAGCCAUUCACACAGAAGCAGAGUCCGUUUUCUCCAUGUUACAGACUCAAGCCAAUCCAGAAGGUGGAAGGGAUGACAAAUGGCAUGGGAGUUGGGCAACAGCAGGCUGGUGGCCUGUCAGAUAUCAGUGCUCAGGUGCAGCAAUAUCAGCAAUUCUUGGAUGCCUCUCGGGCUCUACCAGAGUUUGUUGAAAUUGACUUGCAGGGGAAGACAUUACCUGACGGUAUCGCCAUUGAACACGUCAAGGCGUUCCAGCACCUUUAUCGGGAGCACUGCGAGGCGAUCUUGGAUGUGAUGGUAAACUUACAGUUUACUUUGGUUGAAACCUUGUGGAAGACAUUUUGGCGAUUCAAUUCUUCCCAGUCCAGUGAUGGCUCAGGACUAUCAGUUCAUGAUGAAGCUGAGAAACGCCUCCCUAAGUCAUGCCUUGUUGUCCUCUGUAAGUAUGAGCCUUCCCUGAAGUGGACGAAAUACUGUGAUAACAUGCUUUACCAAGGUCUGGUGGAGAUCCUAAUCCCAGACGUCUUGCGGCCUAUCCCGAGUGCCUUGACUCAAGCAAUUCGGAAUUUUGCAAAAAGUUUGGAAAGCUGGUUAACCAAUGCUAUGAUGAAUGUCCCUGAAGAAAUGGUUCGUGUGAAGGUGGCAGCAGCAAGUGCCUUUGCACAGACUUUGAGGCGCUACACAUCGUUAAACCAUCUUGCUCAGGCAGCCCGUGCUGUCUUACAGAAUACUGCGCAGAUUAACCAGAUGCUGAGUGAUCUAAACCGAGUAGAUUUUGCAAAUGUUCAGGAGCAAGCCUCAUGGGUGUGUCGUUGUGAGGAUGGUAUAGUGCAAAGGCUGGAGCAGGACUUUAAGAUGACUUUGCAGCAGCAGAACUCCCUGGAGCAAUGGGCAUCUUGGUUAGACAGCGUGGUGACCCAGGUCCUCAAACCAUAUCAUGGUUGCCCCAGUUUCCCCAAAGCAGCCAAACAAUUCCUUCUCAAGUGGUCUUUCUACAGUUCAAUGGUGAUUCGCGAUUUGACUUUAAGGAGUGCGGCAAGUUUUGGGUCUUUUCAUCUCAUUCGCCUUCUGUAUGAUGAAUACAUGUACUAUUUGAUAGAACACCGAGUGGCUCAGGCAAAGGGAGAAACACCCAUUGCUGUCAUGGGCGAGUUUGCUGAUCUUGGGCGGGCUUUAAACCCUCUGGACCCUGACAAAGAUGAAGAGGAGGAGGAAGAAGAAAGUGAUGAUGACAGCCAACAAGAGAUUCCAAUGGACAAUGAGCCCAUGUUAGUGACGGACUCCUUGGAGCCACCAGCCAAACUGUCACGGACUGACUCGAGGGGGGUGUUUGUUCAAGCACCACCAACCAACUGAAUAUAUAACGUAGGAUGCAAAAGAGGAAAACUUUUGCUUGAAUUUAGUAUCAUUAACUCUCCUGGCACCUGAUAGCCAUUGCAUAGAAAGACAUUGUCUAUAGUUAUCACGAAUAUCAAACUUCUACCAAAAUUAUUUUAGUUCAACAUUUAUUUAUAAGUUGUAUUUAAGAAAUAAAGAAAAUCUUUCCACUAGGAGUAUAGUAUAUUAGUAAAUGACUGCUGUUACAUCAUUACUAACUUUAAAAACACUCAGCUCGCAGAUUAUAUGAAAGCUAAAGCACUACCAAGCUCAGUAUUGUGCUGCUUUUGAAUGCCACAGGAGCCCAAAAUUGCCCAAACACCACAAUUUUAAUCUCAUUCAGCAGAUAUUUGCUCGAUUUUUGUUAUGAAAAUAAGUAACAUUGAAUAUUUCUUUGGUGCUGCUGUAAUAACACAAAAUGGAAAAUCACUCUGAUUUCAAAAGCAAAUACGGAUUGCGGUUCGCUCGAAACCUUGUAUUUAGGUACACUAAAAAGUGCUCACUUAUAGGAAGCAGAGUGCUUGGUGUUGGGCUUUCUAGUGUACCAUUAGUGAGAAUAAACUUUGAAACCUACUGGAUGGUUAGGCCAGCUUUUAUGGGUUUCCUCAAUUUAAAACAAAAUUGCACAAGAAACAUAACCCAGCAAAAAUAAUCGACAGUUAACCAGCUGACAGGAAUAGAAGGUUGAAGAGAGGACGCAGGAAUUAAAUUGCUGAGACAUAACUCACUGAUAAUGACAAACUUGCUCAUACUUUCACUCUGGUGGAGCAUUUCUCUUUUUAAUCAGUCUUGGAAGGGUUCUUCAGCUGUUUUGGUUGUCACUGACUUUUAAAGCGCUGCGUAUUAGACUUGUUAAAAGAAUGUGCAGCUUUGAUAUGGCCACCAGCUGGUUUGCAUAACAGAAAAACACUUUUUUUAAACUUUCACACAGGUAAAUCAUUUAUAAUUGUUAUGAUAUUUUCUUCUACCGUUCAUAGAAUUAAGGUUAUUUUAAGCAUAAUCUACAUCAUCUUGCUGUUUUGUCCUUUGAAUCUGUGGCCCUUCAACUGCAACCCUGUUUAUUGCUUCUCAACUUGAAGAACUGAGCACUUACAUAGAGUACAAUAAGGUGCUAUCUUAAAAUGAGAAAUUAUUACUUAAAAAGUUACUGUAAGCAUUCGCUUUUUAUUUUCUUGGCUUUAAACUCAAAAUUGAUAUGACUGAGCAAGUCAGAAAUUGAACAUUUUAUUGCCUAUUGUAUUAAAAAAAUAUUUAAAAAAUGUAUUUAAUAUCCCAUUAUGAGGAUUGGUUACAUUAGUUACAAAUGAGGGAUAUGAGAGAACUAAAAGUUAAAAUAGGCUGAAAGCUGCAAAUGUUAUAUUUUUCACAGUGUAUGGAGUGUCCUAAGAUUGCGACUAGGUUUUCAGAUUAUGUUAGGCAAGUUGUAUUAUUUUAGGUUGAACAUUAUUGCCUUUGCAGUGUAUUUUAUCCAUUUGUAAAACCAGGCAGGGAUGAAAACAAUGCAGCAGAAGAGAGGGAAAAAUAUCAGGAUGCUAUUUUGUUAGGUUGUAACUUUCCCAAUACCAGUUGGUGAGUAGCAAAAUUCAUACCAGUACCAUUUUACUAAUCUACUGACAUGGAGCUGCUGCAUGCAACAUUUCUAAAUAUCAUUUUACUUUUACAUUUUAUUAUGUAAUUGAUGCAUUUACCAUAGUAGUAUUGGUUUGUUCUGUUCUGUGCAGCGUUCCCUUUCAAUAUUGCAUCAAAAGACAAAUAGAGAAUUAGGCUGUUCGCUUUAACAUUUCAUUGUCUUCUCUGACGUAGUCCUAAUGAACUUGCCUUGAAUAUCAAUGAAUUCUGAGUUUAUAGAUAAUUGCUAUCAAGAGUUCUACUCAAUCAACUUCAGAGAUAUAUUAUAUGUACAUUGAUAAAGACAAAUUGUUGAUAAAAGCUAAAUUUGCAUCAAUGGGAAAUUUAUAAUAUUUUCAACUUGCCCACUAACUAUAUUCAAAGGCCGUUGUAUCAAAAUAAUAUUGUGUUAGUAUAAAUAAUCAGAAUUCAGGCCUACAAAUUUGACCUUUGUCAUAUGUUUGUGCCUAACAUUUAAUUUGGGUUUGACUUUCUUGGAAAGCCAUAUUCAAGAUGAUUCAUUAAGCACUGCUGCUCUGUACAUACCUACAACUCAGUGACCUAGGAAAAAAUAAAACAGUUUUUGAAGACCUUUGGUUCAUUUGAAUCAAUGUUUAAAGAAUAAUAGCUAAAUUUGACACUAUAUGUUGAAUUCUUUACUAAACAGUCCUUUAAAACCACUUACCACUUUUUGGAUCCUCACUUAUUUGGAUGGAUAGAUACACUUAUUGGAAAUAAAACCAGAAAAUGCAGGGGACAAUGUGCAGAUAAUGCAGCAUUGCUGAGGCCAAAAUACACUUU